GUAGAUGUGCACACGAAAUAGGCAUGGCGUCCAUAGUUGACAUUUAGCGUUUGUCCUUCUAUAUAUGUUUUAGGGUUUUUUAUUAUCUGUAAAUGUUGAAAUAGUCUUCAUAAUGGCGACCAGGACUGUGUGUCAGCUUCUCCACCGCCGCUUUUCAUCAACCCGGGCGGCUGUUCGUCCGUCGGCCGCUGAGAUCCUCAACCAGCGCAAUGCCGUCUUCUCCAGAGAGCAGGCCAGGCAGAGAUCUCUGUACCCCCGCGUCGAGAAGAUAGAGGUGUCCAUGCAGUGCCCGGGGCUGGAAGGCACGCUGCUCGUCAUGAACAAAGGGAUGUCCACUCCGCUGAGCUGCGCCAAGCACCUGACAGAGCAUCAUGUGACCAACUCAGCUGUGGCUCUGGUAGAUGGUGAACUGUGGCCUCUCCACCAGCCACUCACCCACUCCUGCUCGCUCACUCUGCUCACAUUUAAAGACAGCGACCCAACACUGGUCAACCAGGCUUUUUGGCGUUCCUGUGCUGCCCUGCUUGGUCAGGUGCUGGAGACGGCGUUCAAAGACGAUUUUAGUGUGGAGCUGCUGAGCACACCAGAGGUUCCAGUCAUUUCAGGGGCAUUCUGCUGUGAUGUGGUGCUCGACCCUCAGCUGGACUCAUGGACUCCCUCUGAGGAGUCGUUGCGCUCUCUGACCCGAGGAGCCCAGCAGCUGAUCCACCAGGACCUGGUCUGGGAGCCUUUGGAGGUGGCGCCCUCUGUGGCGCUGGAGGUCUUCUCACACAGCAGGUGUAAACAGGAGGAGGUGGAGCAGAAAGCAGCGCAAAGUACCAAAGGCACAGUGACGCUCUACAGGUGUGGUGACUAUGUGCUGUUGAGUGGGGGCCCUCUGGUGGCCAGAACGGGCCUGUGCUCGCAAUAUGAGAUGACGGCCCUCCACGGCUUGGGGCAGGGACCCUGGGGCCUCCAUCGACGAGCGCAGGGCCUCUCCCUUCCUGUGCAGCUGCAGGCUCACCACACAGUCUGGAGGAAACUGAGGGAGCGGGCAGAGAAACUGGUGGAGGUGCAGAGACCUGCUGAAACAGUGACUCCACCCUCUCCUGUCGACUCAACUCCACCUCCAACCAACCAGUAACCCCAGCCUAACCUUCCACACACACAUACACACUUUGACGUGUAUCUGGCUGUAUUAUUUGCUCAAUAAAUGUGUAUAAAUAUGUGA